UCAGCAUGGGUUACUUAUCUGCUGGACUUCUGUUUGUGAUUGCAACAGUUUAUGCAGAGGGCGAAGACGAUAUUCUGACGUCUUGUUUAGAAUUAUUUAAUCCAGAGAACAACGACAAGUCGUGUUGUGAGAGUAUUGAAAGUUUUAAUAAAAUUGAUAAAGAUACAAAGGAUUGCCAUAAAGAAGAUUCAGAAGAAUGGCAGUGUGAAGACUUCCAAUGUAUUCUACGGAAAUAUGGAUUAUUAAAAAGCGAUAAAAUUGACGAGGACGGGGCAAAUAAAUUUCUAGAUGAAAUAGAACGAGAAUAUCCUAAAGACAAAUCUGUAGUCGAUAAAGUGAGAAACGAAUGCUUGGACGGGAAGUACGAAGCCUAUCCGCCGGAGGAUGUCUGCCCCGUCAUGAGAUUUUUUAUCUGCACUUAUAUCAACAUUUACUUGGAAUGCAGUUCAUGGAAAAAAACUGAAACUUGCUCAAAAAUGGCUGAACAAGCGCAGAAGUGUAAAUUAGCACUUGAAAAAUAAAAAUAUAAUCAUUUGACAAAA